AUAAAUAUAAGGCGUAAUUUCAUUUUAUUCAAUUCCAUAAGCAAAAUUCAUCAUUGCUAUACUAGCGUUAGAACAGUGUUACAAUUCAUAUAAUUACAAAAUAAAAAUGAGAUACUCAGUAUUCGUUUUUGUAGGAAUACUUUUUACAUUUGUCAUCACUUCCGAUGCUGAAUCAACUGGAGAAGAAGAAUGCCCAUUGAAAAAAGCUUUUCAAGAAAGCAUCGACGCAUGCAAGGAUAAAUUAUCGGAAGAAAACCUGGCUCUUUUGGAGAAAGAUGAGAAAGCUGACAAUGCGGAAAUCCGAUGUUUCAAGGCAUGCAUUUUGGACGACAGUGGUGUAAUGAGUAAGGGUAAAAUACAGAUUGAUAAAAUUGAAAAAGCAAUCAACGCUGCUAUUGAAAAUGCAAAAGAAGAUGAAGAUAAAGCUAAAGAAAUUGCAGAAUCUAUGAUUAACGGUGCUAAAAAUUGCGCUGGACCAGCUGAAGAAGGUGAAAAUGAAUGUGAAGUAGCACACCGUUUUAUUACAUGUCUUAAGGAGCAUGCAGAUGAAGAGAAGAAAAAACAUAAUGAAUAAUAAUUUUGUGAAACAAAUAGAUAAAAUAUCAUUCUGACGACUACUGAGUUUAACGGACAUGUAUUUUAUUAAAUAUUUUAAUUAAAUAUUAUUUUUAUUGCCAUGUCAA